AGUAUCCCAGUUCUAGUACACUAGAGGUUUUUGGAAGCUUAUCUUUAUUGUUAACUUAAUUGGAAUAAUGGUCACACAACUGGACGAUAUUCGGUUAAUUAAAUUAGUACAAUUGCAUCCUAUUUUGUACGACAAAAGACUAGCGCGCGGUCAAAAGAACUCUAUAUUAAAAGAUGAUAUAUGGCACAAGUUGUCACUCCAGUUGAAUUGCUCGGAACGAGCUUGUAUUACACGUUGGAAAAGUAUUCGUGAUAGAUUUGGUAAAGAAUUAAGGAGGGCACAAGAGAACCCUGAUGAGACGGUAAACUGGGAUAUGUUCGAACAUCUGCUAUUUUUAAGAGAUCAUUACAAGCAAGGAGUUGUUAGGCAAACAAAUGGAGAGGCGUUUCUUAAUAUAAAAUAUGAUCCAAAAAAACGAAGACGGGGACGUAAACGAAAGAUAGAUUGUGAAGAAGAUGGGCCUAAAGAAGAUCGAGAUGACGACGAUGCCGAUCCUGAUGAGGUGGUUGAAAACCAGCAAUUAAUCGAGUUGGUAAAAGACCAUCCCGUACUAUAUGACAAAAUUAAAAUACGGGAUUCAAAAAAUUUGACAUUGAAAAAUGAUUCUUGGCGUGAGAUUUCCGAAAGCAUGGGAAUAUCAGGUUAGUUUUACACAACAGAUUCUGGCGAAGACGACCAAAACAAAAUAUAUGUGCAGCGACUCACAGUGAUAUUUCCCCAAUUCGUGCCCAUAAAUCCACGAUAAAAGCAUUGAUUUUGGGCUUUUAUUCUAUUGGCACGUCCCGACCUUUUGCAUUGUUCAUAUGAUCAGUGUGAAACUGUUAGUUGAUGCAGCGCUCUGAAAAGUAAAAAUGUAAUGCUAAAGUUUAAAA